GUUUGUGUUUUUUGAUUUGUCGUCUGUCGUGUGAAAUUUGGAGGCAAAGCAUCUAAUUUUUGAGAGAUUUAUUUGUCAAGAUAUUUAUUUAAUUUGCCAGAUAAACAAGACUUUAACUGGAAUUUUAAUGUUUAUUUAAUCUUUACAUAGGUUUUUAGUGGUAUGUCUUCCAUUAUUAAGUGUGCUUAUUAGAACCAAAUUCAUGGACGGUUUUAUAGGUUCUUGGUCUUAAUAUUUUGAAUUUCGAAGUAGCCUCAUAAAUUAUCUUCUGGUGGAUGAAUAAUCUGCAAAAUGUCGGGUGAUUCUACUUUUGGCAUUUCUAAUACAGAAGCUGCACUUUCCUCAUCUAAUAAUUCAGAUGAAGCGGACGGAAGCGUUGACGAUCUGUCGCAGAAGACCAAUUCACAGUCAGACCUGUCGGCGGCCGAGGUAGCGAAAUGGAGAGCGGAUAAUGAAAAACGGGUGAAUAAUCUGUUAGCGACCUUGUGGGACAGUAGUUUGGACCAGUCUGUGCCCGAAUGGACGGGCAACAGUCGCGCGUCAAGAUGGCGGCAACCGAGGAACCAAGAUGGCGACGGUGCGGCGAGGUCGAGCGAGCACUUCAACUUGCCCGAGAACGAUUCGAUCGACGCCGUUGAAGAGGAAAUACGCAGUCGUCGACGACCGUUCUCGAACGGCCAACGACGGAAAUCGUCGGCUGCCGACGUGGCCGCUGCGUAUAACGACAACACAACGGACGACGAAAACGUGUAUAAGAAACCGCUCCCGUUCGCCCAACGUCGGCAGACCGCUAGGAAACCGUCAGUUCCCGAUCCGAAUGCUUUCAACGAAACGCACAGUUCCGUAGAGGAGGAGAGACCAGUGAGGCGGACUAGAGGAGGCUUUUCAAAACGACCCAAGUCGAUUCCCAAUCCGGAGUUCUUCGAUUCGGCUACCAUGGAUGAGUCGGUGGUGGUCAAGGCCAAACCUAAGAGGUUCACGAGAUCUGCCAGGCAGGUGACAGAGGCUAAUAUGAAAGCGUUUGAGGUAUCCGAUGACGAAGAGGAAGAUGUUGGAGGAGAAGAUGAGAGAGAAAAGAAACUAGAGGGGCAGAAGAUAAUAAGGAAGGCAAUAGAGCAACAGAAACAAGAGAAGGAGGAGAAGAUAGAGAAGGAAAAGGAACCACAGAAGAAGACAAGGGAAAAGAAAAUGCAGAACUAGAGGAAGGGAGUGAAUUGGAAGAGGAAGGUAGGGUUGAUAAAGCCGGAGAG